AUGGCUCAAAACCGUCCACAGUUUCACUGCGGAUACUUUGGUUGCAACAAGACCUUUACGCGUCGCACAGGUGCUCGCCGUCACGAAACGACCGUUCAUGGGGAUAAAAAGUACUGUUGCAGUGAACCAGACUGCAAUUAUCGCGGUGGAAAAAGGCGACACGAUUUCAAAAAACACAUGCAAAACAAGCAUCCUGGAUAUGAUGAUCACUUGUUCGUUCCAGAAGACUUCAGCAACCUGCAAGGCAGUCAUUCUCUAGUUGCAGAUCGCUCUCGAAGCCCAGAGGUCGGGAAUUCUUCCCAAAUUUCUGGAGAUUUCUCCUCAAUGCCUCCACCGUCAAGUACCAUAUCGAACUCAAGGUACAUUCCUGUCGACACCCACGAAGUCCUCUCAACCCCUUCGAUGGCUCCAUUGGUUUCAGCUGGCGUGCCGCAGUCUCAUGGCAAUACGAUUAGCCCGACUAUCAUUUCUCUACGACCUCCCGAUGCAAGUGAAUUUCAGGUUGUCAACCUGCCACAUUCUGAUUUCGAGCCAUUACCAACGACAACUACGACGAUUGGAAGUAUUUGGAGUCAUGUUGAUCCAUCAACAAUGUGUGAUCUACCCUCGAACCUCCAUGAUAUGACGGGCACAGGUGUCGAGAACGAGUAUGCGACUUUUGAAGGUGAAUAUGAUCUGAGCCGAUGUGGACAGCCAGGAAGCGACCCUUAUCACAGAUGGUGA